GUCAGAGAGACAGAGAGAGUGGAUGAGAGGGGAAGAGUAGAAGAAAAAAGGAAGGAAAAGUGUAUCAGGAUCUGUUUUUUUUUACAUUAGACAGUUUCAGCAUUUUUGUUUAAACCAGAUCAGAUCAAAUCUAAGAUGCCGAACUUUGCAGGGACCUGGAAGAUGAAAAGCAGUGAAAAUUUCGAAGAGCUCCUCAAAGUUCUGGGAGUGAAUGCCAUGCUUAGGAAAGUGGCGUGUGCUGCGGCGUCUAAGCCCUCGGUGGAAAUCCGUCAGAAUGGAGAGCAGUUCUAUAUCAAGACCUCGACCACCGUCAGGACCACGGAGAUCAACUUUCAGAUAGGACAGGAGUUCAACGAGGAAACGGUGGAUGGACGCAAAUGCAAGAGCCUGGCCACAUGGGAGACGGAAAAUAAGAUGGCCUGCAGGCAGACGCUGUUGGAUGGAAAUGGACCGAAGACGUACUGGACACGUGAGCUCAGAGGGGAUGAGUUAAUCCUGACGUUCGGCGCUGAUGACGUGGUGUGCACGAGGAUUUAUGUGCGGGAAUGAGCCCCAUGAGAACCGGAGGAAGAAAUCAGUCUGCGCUCACACGAGUGACACUACAGUUACAUUUCAUUACAGGGCCUUUUUUUUUUUUUUUUACCAAUUUUGUAGAAACUUGCAGAAUAGUUUUCUUACACAUACUGGACCAUGAAUUGUAAUCAUUUAUACUGUGUUAGUAUUCGAUUCAAGGCAUUUAGACGUAACAAUGUAAGUGCAACAAUUCAUACUGUAACUUGCCAUGUAAUGUUUAUGUUUUUUUGUUUCAUUGCUUUGUACUAGUUUCAUUAAAGUCACUUUAAAUAAUA